GUAGAACAUGUCAAAAUAUUUUGAUGUUAUAUCCUUUUUAUUAAUUUGAUAUAUUCUUGUGCCCUUUAGCUAAAUUUUGCUUUUACAAUUGCAAGUACAACAAAUAGCACAUUUUUGGGCUAAUGAAGUAGGAAUUAUUCAGGAAAGCUCCGGGACCUGGGCUCCAUUAUGACCACCAUUCAAGUUUGUAUUUUCCUGUAUUCAUUUCCGAUCAUUUCCUCUGGUUACACAUACAAAUUCUUGUCGAGAGCUAAGAGAAUAUAUUAAAGCAUGUCUGCAGUUUAUGAGCGCUGGGAUAGGCUGGUUGGUGCCGUUUUGCGCAGAGAAGAGAAUUGGGAAAAUUGCCCAGCGGACCCCAAGUGAUCUUUCUUCAUCUUUAUCAUCAUCGUCAUCGUCUUUUAAUUUGGGUUCUUUCCAUUCCCGGGUUUCAUCUUUCAGUUCCCGGAGCUUAUUAUUGGUUGGAGAAUCAUUCACCUACCCUCAAAUCCUUCAAGCCAAGGAUGGCUUCGACAAUUCCAAACUCAUGAAGAAAGGACAAUCUGGGGAUCUCUAUCUCAGAGUUUUAGAAAGCGGGUUGGAAGUAGUGGUUAAAAAAGUCAGUGUCUCAAUUAAGUUUGAAAUGGAGAUUCAUGGGAUAGUGAUAGUCAACCAUCCAUCCCAGAGUGCUUCCUCUUUUGGGACAUUGCUUGCAUAAUGGCUAUGAGAAGUUUUUGGUUUACAAGUACAUGCCUGGUGAAGUGAAUGGUGAUCAACAGUCG